CUCUACGGCUCGGACCAGCUGGUGGUCCGGGUGCUGCAGGCCCUCGACCUGCCGGCCAAAGACUCCAACGGCUUCUCGGACCCCUACGUCAAGAUCUACCUGCUGCCGGACCGCAAGAAAAAGUUUCAGACCAAGGUGCACAGGAAGACGCUGAACCCCGUGUUCAACGAGACCUUCCAGUUUGCCGUGCCGCUGGCCGAGCUGGCGCAGAGGAAGCUGCACUUCAGCAUCUACGACUUCGACCGCUUCUCCAGGCACGACCUCAUUGGCCAAGUGGUGCUGGACAACCUCCUGGAGCUGGCGGAGCAGCCCCCCGACCGGCCGCUCUGGAGGGACAUCAUCGAAGGCGGCUCGGAGAAGGCUGACCUCGGGGAGCUCAACUUCUCCCUGUGCUACCUCCCCACGGCCGGGCGCCUGACCGUGACCAUCAUCAAAGCCUCCAACCUCAAAGCUAUGGACCUCACGGGCUUCUCAGACCCCUACGUGAAGGCCUCCCUGAUCUCGGAGGGGCGGCGGCUCAAGAAACGCAAAACCUCCAUUAAGAAGAACACGCUGAACCCCACGUACAACGAGGCGCUGGUGUUCGACGUGGCCCCCGAGAGCGUGGAGGCCCUGGGGCUGAGCAUCGCCGUGGUGGACUACGACUGCAUCGGGCACAACGAGGUCAUCGGCGUGUGCCGCGUGGGGGCAGACGCCGCCGAUGCCCACGGCCGGGAACACUGGGCAGAGAUGCUGGCCAAUCCCCGCAAGCCUGUGGAGUACUGGCACCAGCUGGUGGAGGAGAAGACUCUCUCCAGCUUCACCAAGGGCACCAAGGGCCUGAGUGAGAGAGAAAGCUCCGAGUGACUGGUCCUCUCGUCCCCACAGAGAAAUUCAUCUCCUCAAAGCCAUAUGGCCUGAAGCCGUCCAGUGCUGGGGAGGGAGGGAGGCCCCAGGCUGCUCCCCCAUGGGUCUCCCCAUCCCUGCCAGGGCCUCGAAGCUCAGAGGAGGCCUGUCGGGGCCCCCUGGCCCCCCGCCCCACUGUGUCCGUCCUCCCGUCCUUGGGCUCCCCCUCAGGGAGGCGCUGUGCAUGUCGAGGGUCCCAGGGGGCCCUUCAACUCCGUCUGCUGUCCAGGAUCUGUCUCUCCCCUCCCCUCGUAUUGCUGUGAAUGUCCCUGUGGGCUUCCCCUCCUGGUAUCUGCACCUCCCCUGCCCCGCCUCUGUGACUGGCGCCCUGCGUGGGGCUGCCCCAGGGCUGGCUCCCUUGUGCCCAGCUCCUCCUGUGUCCUGUUCUGUGUCUCUGGCCUCCCUCACUGCUGCUGCUAACACCGGAAUAAACACACUCCGUGGGUC